AUGAUUCUACCGGACUGUCUAUCCGCGAUAUUCCUGACCGCGCUCUUUGCGGGCCAGGGGGUCGCUAUUGAGCUUGAUAUUACUGAUGAGAGAUCAAUCAAGAACGCGGCCGCGACGGCAGCCUACAAUAUGAUGAGCAACUACCAUGGGAACGAGUCAGGUCAAGUGCCUGGAAAGCUCCCUGAUACGUGGUGGGAAGGUGGCGCAAUGUUCAUGACUCUUAUCCAAUACUGGUUCUGGACUGGCGAUGCUUCCUACAACGAGGUUACCGCCCAGGGAAUGCUCUGGCAGAAAGGCCGUGAUGAUUACUUCCCCGCCAACUACAGCAACUACCUUGGAAACGAUGACCAGGUCUUCUGGGGACUGGCUGCCAUAACCGCCGCAGAACUGAACUUUCCUGAGAAAAGUGGCGAGCCAUCGUGGUUGUCGCUUGCGCAAGGAGUUUUCAAUACCCAAGUCCCACGCUGGGACACCUCGAGUUGCGAUGGAGGUCUUCGCUGGCAGAUUUGGCCUUAUCAGGCUGGCUAUACAACGAAGAACGCUAUCUCGAACGGUGGUCUGUUUCAGCUGGCGGCGCGUCUAGGUCGUUAUACCAAGAAUCAAACUUAUAUCGACUGGGCGGAGAAGAUUUGGGAUUGGAGUGCCACCACGCCGCUACUGAAGACGGCUGACUGGAACAUUGCCGACACAACUACCACUGAGGCUAAUUGCCAGGACCAUGGGGAUCUUCAAUGGACAUACAAUUAUGGGACCUACCUGAGUGGAGCUGGUUAUAUGUACAAUUUGACCGAUGGUGGCGAGAAGUGGAAGAAAGCCAUCGAUGGCUUGCUCGGCACUACAGUAGCCAAAUUCUUCCCCGAAAAGUACGGUGGAGAUAUCAUGUCGGAAAUAUCCUGCGAGCCCAAUAUGAUGUGUGAUCGCAACCAAGAUUGCUUCAAAGGCUUUUUGUCGUCUUGGCUGACGUUCAUUACCACUGUUGCUCCGUAUACGCGAGAACAGAUCAUCCCCAAGAUCCUGGCGUCAGCACAGGCUGCAGCGAAGCAGUGCUCCGGCGGCGACUCUAGGACUGAUUGUGGACGUCGUUGGUACCAACAAGACAAAUGGGAUGGCUCGAAAUCCCUGGAGUCGGACAUGAGUGCACUGAGUGUCUUUUCCUCUUCCAUGAUCACCCACAAGAAAGCGCAUCAGGCACCCUUGACGGCGGAGACCGGUGGUACCAGCAAGAGUAAUCCCAGUGCGGGUUCGGAUCACAAAGAGCAGCAGCCAGACCAGCCAAAGCCGAUCACGACCGGUGAUCGGGCUGGGGCUUCAAUUAUGACUUUCUUCUUUGCGUGUGGCUGGAUAGCCUCGGUAAGCUGGCUGGUUUAUGGUGGAUAGAGAGGACAAUACGGGACUUUGGACAAUAAUGGGUGCGCUGUACAGAAGGCGGGGGUACCCUGUCCAACCCUAAGCAAGACAGGUGUUUUUAAGGGGGGGAAUUUGUUUUUCUUAAUGUCUCGUUCCAUUUAUGAGGGUGUCACGCAUUAGUGUUGUCUUUCUUUUGUGCUACCGUGAGGGCACUUCUGGUGUUUGGGGCGUUCGGUGGGUGAAACCAUGAGAGUUGUGGAUGCUGAUAAUACUGUACAUUCUCACUCUUGAAUGUCAAUGACCAAUUCAAUAAGAUAUUUGAAUACAUGUACGGCCAGUUCAUGAUCUCACAGUGCGCUCCGAAUGGAGCAAGGUCCGCUGGUUAUCAAUGUUCCGCAGUUUGAUCGCCCAUUAAGGGUUGGGGUGUGGUGUGUAUGUGUGUGUGUGUGUGUGUGUGCGUGUGGAAAAUGACGGGACGGGAGAUCCGCCAUGGCCACUGGGACCCAUCGCGUGGUUAUCCUUACCCACACAGGGAAAAGGACACGGGAAACCAAGAGACACGGAUAAAAGGAUAUUGAUGAGGUAGAGAGAGUUUUAUUCGCCAUCUAUUGAUACAAC